UAAUGUCGUUAAGAAGUUUCACCUUUCACUUAUAAGCUCCCCACUAGUCGAUUCAGACUAUUUUUGGCUUUGCAAAAAUGGAAACCUGUACAUUUUACAUGUCUCUUUCCACACCAUUUCUAAAGCCUCAUAAGCCUCCCAAUCAAAUCUUUACUAGUAAUAAUAAAUUCAACUCACCUCAUCAGCAUUAUGCUUUCCACAAGCCAAACAGUAACUCAAUUCACCAACUUAGUGUUCCUAAUUUGCUCAAAAAUCGAUGUCGAUUUGCUCUGUUCAAAGUUAAGGCAGUUGCAGAAAAUGCUGAAGAAUCUGAGGCUGCAAAGCCACGUGAAUUUGUAAAUACUAUGCAAUUGGGUGCUAUGUUUGGAACAUGGUACACUUUGAAUAUAUAUUACAACAUUUACAACAAACAGGUUCUCAAGGUCUUUCCAUUUCCGGCAAGUGUUACGGCUUUCCAAUUUGGGUGUGGCACUAUGCUAAUACUGUUUAUGUGGGGAUUUCGUCUCCAUCCAAUACCCAAGAUCACUAAAUCUCAAUUUAGAGCAAUAUUUUCACUAGCUGCAGUUCACACAUUGGGUAAUCUUCUAACGAACAUCAGUCUUGGGAGAGUAGCAGUUUCCUUCACUCACACUAUCAAAGCAAUGGAACCUUUUUUCACUGUACUUCUUUCUGCCCUUUUUCUUGCAGAGCGGCCAUCUCUCUGGAUUGUAUCUUCCCUGGUUCCCAUUGUUGGUGGAGUAGCAUUAGCAUCAAUGACAGAGGCCUCUUUUAAUUGGAUAGGAUUUGGCAGUGCAAUGGCUUCCAAUCUAACUAACCAAUCGCGCAAUGUAUUUAGCAAAAAGUUCAUGGUUAAAGAGGAGGAGGCAUUGGACAAUAUCAAUCUUUUCUCUAUCAUUACAAUCAUUUCAUUCAUCCUUUUGGUACCUGCUGCCAUUUUGAUGGAAGGGAUCAAGUUUACUCCAUCCUAUCUACAAUAUGCUGCAAGCCAAGGUUUAAAUGUCAGGGAAAUGUGUAUGAGACUUCUUUUAGCUGGAUUCUGCUUUCACACUUACCAACAGGUUUCAUAUAUGAUCCUACAAAUGGUAUCACCAGUGACACAUGCAGUUGGCAAUUGUGUGAAGAGAGUGGUGGUCAUUGUAUCCUCAGUCAUCUUUUUCCAAACACCUGUCUCACCAAUUAAUUCCCUUGGGACUGCUUUGGCUCUAGCUGGAGUCUUUCUUUAUUCAAGAGCAAAGAGGUUACAACGGAAGUCAAAAGUUGCAUAACAAGUGAAGAAAAUUACCAAAGUCUGUGGCCUUAAUGCAGAACUAAAUUUGCAACUGUGUAAAAGAAUAGGAAACACUCUCAUAUAGAAUAUAGUCAUUUCACCCCUUUUUCUUUUUACCUUUUGAUCAUUGUCAUUUCAGCCCUUUGUUCAUGCCCCUUUGAAUUCUACAGCAGCACCAAGGUCUAAUUCUGAAAAUCAGCAAUCCAUUUUUUA